AACUGUUUCCAUUAUCUUCCCCUGAUGAUUCCUUUCUGCAACUUCUUUUUCAAUUGACUGUCUCUUUCUCAAUUCCAUAUUUAUAUUCUAAAAUCUCUCUUAGCAUUAAGAGAUAAGUUACUGUGCAUGGCGACAACCCAAUCCCAUCACUCCUUCCGAAAGCGAUUCCCGCCCCUCAAUCAUCCACUUCCCCUUUUAUACCCCUCAUCAUAAUUUUUCCGUCCCUCAUUCUUUCCCUCACCCAUGGCCACCGAUGCCUCUCCGAAAUAUCGCGCUCCUGACUUCCACCAUCCCGAGAUUCCCGAUAUCUCCGUCUCCCAUGACGGCCUUCGUUUCUGGCAAUACAUGAUUGCUGGUUCCAUAGCUGGCUCCGUCGAACACAUGGCCAUGUUUCCUGUUGAUACACUCAAGACUCGCAUGCAAGUUCUUGGAGGGUCUUGCCCGCCUCACUCUAUUGGAGUGCGCCAAUCUCUUGGCUCUAUCUUGAAACUCGAGGGCCCAGCUGGACUCUAUCGAGGUAUCGGUGCUAUGGGACUCGGAGCUGGACCUGCUCACGCCGUCUACUUCUCCGUGUACGAGCUUUGCAAGCAGUUCUUUUCCCGUGGGGACCCGAAUAAUUCAAUGGCUCACGCUGUCUCCGGCGUUUUCGCGACGGUGGCGAGCGAUGCAGUGUUCACCCCGAUGGACAUGGUGAAGCAGAGGCUGCAGCUGAAGAGCAGUCCGUACAAGGGAGUCGGGGAUUGCGUUAAGAGAGUGCUGAUGGAGGAGGGAGCUGGGGCGUUCUACGCGUCGUAUAGAACUACAGUUAUUAUGAACGCGCCGUUUACUGCUGUUUAUUUUACGACUUAUGAAGCGGCGAAGAGGGCGUUGAUGGAGGUGUCCCCGGAGAGUGCUAGUGACGAGAGGCUAGUGGUUCAUGCCACCGCAGGUGCAGCUGCUGGAGCUCUGGCUGCUGCACUUACUACCCCGCUUGAUGUGGUGAAAACGCAGUUGCAGUGCCAGGGAGUUUGUGGAUGUCAUAGAUUUAGUAGUGGCUCAAUGGGGAAUGUGAUUAAGACCAUAGUUAAGAAGGAUGGGUACCAUGGGCUUAUGAGGGGAUGGAUACCCAGGAUGCUCUUCCAUGCUCCUGCUGCUGCCAUCAGCUGGUCCACGUAUGAAGCCUCCAAAAACUUCUUUCAACAGCUUAACGGUAACUGAGGAUUUUGCCUAUUUAUUGCAUCUGCACCUUCAACGGCUUCAAAUUACAGUACCAUCAUCCGCUCCAAUCUUACCAUAAAUUCAUUUUAAAACCUAUUGGUAAGGUCAAGCCAAAAAGGAAGAAAAGGAGCAAGAAAAAAUAAAAAACCGAUUUACAUGUAUAUCAUGAAGACUCGAGUCCAAUAAUAAUAAACCUUGAAGAGAAGUUGGCUCUUCUUUUCACUUGUAUCUUAUUGGAAGAAAUCCAUUUGCAGACAAAUUACAGUUUCCA